AUGCGCAAACAGCAUGCGUGUUGGGGAUAUGUUGACAAAUUACAACGAGUGGUCCAACACACUGUUUUCAGUUUGGCGAAACUUUUAUCAAACUAGUAGUCUAGUCAUCAAGGCUUAGAAUGCCUCAUUUAAAAGAACCAAAGGUGACAGAACCUUUAUGGAAAGAUUGGGAUUACAAGGCACAGAAGAAGGGGAUCCGUCACACCGUUUACUCUGUAAAUGGUGACGAAUACACCGGGGAAUGGCUAGAUAAUAAAAAACAUGGCAAAGGAACAUAUAAAUGGAAAUCAACGGGAGCUAUUUAUGAUGGAGACUGGAAAAAUGGAAAAAGGAAUGGUUUUGGAACACUCAGCACACCUGAUGGAAAAGGUGGAUUUAAAAAAGAAUAUUCUGGAGGUUGGAAAAACCACAUGAGACAUGGUUAUGGAACACAGUAUUAUUCUGAUAAUGAAUAUUAUGAAGGAGAGUGGUAUGCUGAUAAAAGAAGUGGCUGGGGAAGGAUGUACUAUGCUAAUGGAAAUAUAUAUGAAGGAGAAUGGUAUGACGAUAUGUGCAAUGGACAAGGAAUGUUGCGAUUAGGUGAGAAUCAGUGAUUAGCAAAACCCAUGA